AUUAUGUAAAUUUAUUUUGUAUUUUCUGUUUUAUAUUUUGCAUAAAAAAGCCAUUACGGGCGAUAGAAGAAAAUACCUAUUCGGCAACCGUUGAACAACCACUGUGUCCUAUCACUGAAGUCUACGAAAAUGAGCGACACGAAAACCUUGCUGAGUGCAUUGCUAUGCGACAUUUAUGGCAAGCAGGAGCAGCAGGCAAGACGUCUGCGUCGCUGCCGUCGCCACCAGAAACUGCAGGAGAAGCCUAGCUCCAAGGAGCAACGUCACUGCCGCAGAUCCGCAAAGAGGGAGACUGGAGCGAAAAUGGCCAGCGGCCUGGCGGGCAAUCAGAAGGUGCUGCAGACGCUGAGCGUGCGCCAGCUGAUCGAUGUCUGUGCCAUGCUCAAGGUGGAGCUGUUGAUGAUGGGCUACAUGCUGGAACGCGUGCUGAUCACGCGGGAUCGCCUGAAGCGCCACCAGGAGGUGCUCUGCGAAUUCGUGACGGCCAUACUGGUCGUGGAGACUCACGAUGCACAGCCUAAAAUGCGCUUUAGUCUCUCACCACCGCCACCAAAAGUCAGCCUAACUCCACCCACUAGCACCACAAGCGCCACUAGCAGCUCGACCACCACCAGCAGCAGCAGCAGCAGCAACAACAACAUCAGCGGCGGCCAUCGCAAGGCUCUCAGCCGCAACCGCAACAACAACAACAUGCUGAGUACUGGGCCGGCCAACGCCAGCACCGAUGCUGGUGCGGAUGAGGCGCUGUCGGACUACAACCAAUGGCUGCAUGCCAUGAAGCUGGUGGCUCGACUGCCAGGCGGCACGCCACCCGAGUUCCGGCGCAAGCUGUGGCUGUCCUUGGCGGACAAGUAUCUGAAGUCGAAGAACAUUGAUUGGGCGAAGCAGCGCGAGAAAUGCUUCUGCGAGGAGUGGCGCGAGGAUGACGAGGAGCUGGGCAUUCAGAUCGUUAAGGAUCUGCACCGCACGGGCUCGAAUUUAUGCACCGGCCCCGCAGGCUCCAUCAACCAGGCGAAGCUCAAGCGCAUCCUCCUCGGCUACGCGCGCUACAACCCCGAGGUGGGCUACUGCCAGGGCUUUAACAUGCUGGGCGCGCUGAUACUGCAGGUGAUGGACAAGGAGGAGGAGGAGUCCAUGAAGGUCAUGAUUUACUUGGUAGAGGGCGUGCUGCCCACAGGCUACUUCUACGGCUCAAUGGGCGGCCUACAAGCGGACAUGGGCGUCUUCCGAGAGCUUAUGCAAACAAAGCUCCCACGCCUGGCGAAGCACCUACAGCGACUGCAGGGACCCAUGGAGAAUGCCUAUGAGCCGCCGCUCACCAACGUAUUUACCAUGCAGUGGUUCCUCACCAUGUUCUGCACCUGCCUGCCGAUGUCCUGCGUGCUGCGUGUCUGGGAUCUGGUGCUCAUCGAGGGCAGCGAUGUGCUGCUGCGCACCGCCCUCGUCCUCUGGAGCCUGCUCGAGGAACGUGUCCUAAAUGCACGCACUGCUGAUGACUUCUAUGGCAAAAUGGGAUCCUUCUCCAAUGAGCUCUUGAAUGGCCACCUCAUCGAUUCGAACGGCCUCAUAGAGAAAGUGGUGCAGUUAGGACCUAUAGCCGACAUCAAGCAGCUGAGGGAAAAGCAUCUGUACAACAUUACUCCGCUGGCCAACAAGCAAGGCUUGCAGCUUUACUACGAUGAGGAAGAUACGCAUUCUGACGAUGAGUCGCGCAUGGCAGUGGCCACUGUGUGGGGCCUGAACUGGGGCAGACGCGGCUCUGUGGGCACGGGCGCAACGGGGGCAGGCAAGCCGCAAGCGGAGCAGAAGGACCGGCUGGCACUGGACAUUUCGUUGCUGAAGAAGCAGUACGAUCGCCUGCGCGAGCGACAGAAGCAAGCCCACGUGAUACUGACCUCCGCCUGCUCCACGGCAACUGCACCGCGACAAGCGAACUCCAGCCAGUUGCCAGUUAAUCAGCUGCUUCUUGGCCGCCCGGCCAUAAUCACCAACAAGGGGAAGCGUGUGGGAGCCCCGUUGGGCGCCAUUCCGCCCGCACGCAAACCCUCGCUUCCAGCCGUGCUGCAUAGCAAGCCCCCAGAGCGACAGCUGCGGCGCGGGGAGACGCUGCUCUGGCGGGACACGGAUGCCACGCAGCAUCGACGUGAUAGCCUGACGUGGAAGGAGAUCAAAGCCGAUCGCGCUGCCAUAUUUCGGGAAGGUAGCGAUGCCACCGCGGUCAAGUCGCAGAAGCUGCGUUCGCGCCUGGGCAAAAGUGAUAGCUCCUCGUACAGUGAGGAUAGCGAUGGGGAGCAGGAGGCUGAAGGCAAAGAUGGCUCCAGCACCGACACCAGUCUGUGCGAUGACGACGAUCCCAAGUCGAGCGAGCAGAGUCCCAGGCGCAAGGCGAAGCUGGCACGCAAACUGAAAGAGAAGCCCAAGCUGGCUGUAUCACGAGAGCCUAGCCUGGAGCGCAGGAGACCCAAGUCCUGGGCGCCUAGUAGCCAUGAAAUACCCUUUAUGCUCAUGGGAACCGAGAGCGGCGAUGAGAAGGAGCCGGCGCCAAAAGAGGAGGAGGACAGUGCCACUGAAUGUGAUCGCUUUGACUACUCACGGAACUUGGACUGGUCAAAGGAAGCAGGGGAUCUGGCGUCGAGCAAAAUAGAGCCACUGAUAGGAGCAACUCUACCAGCUACCAGCACUGCGCAGCUCUCUCCCCUCCGAGAUAUGGUCAGCUAUCUAGGCACAACCAGCAUUAGUGAACUGCCUUCGCCCAGGCUAGAAUAUGCAAUGUCCGAUACCGAAUCGGUUAAUCCUCCCGAUGUAGCUGAUGCUGCACCCAGCGCAGCGGUGGAAAAGGAAUCCACUUCAAGGCGAUACGAUGUUAGUGACGACGGCGUAACCAAUCAGUAUUUUGAGCGGGUCAAUAGCGUGGAGCGUCCGAAGCGACUAGAGCUCUCGUUCUCCCUAAACGAGGAGGAUGCCGAAAAAUCCUCGCCCAUGGAAGAGCAGCGUGCGCUGGUCGAAGGCCAGAGUGCUGGGUAUAUAGCAAAGAGCAUGCCUUUCGAUCUUCCAGCCAUAGAACUAAAAGCGGGCAUACCCCUAAUACGCGAUGACAACAUUCCAGGCGAAAACAAGGACGACUACAAAGAAGUGCUGAGCAUGACGAUAGAAACGAAGAAGGACGCAUUGCCUACGAUCCUCAGUAGUGCCAGCCGUAAACGUCGAGAUCCAAGACGCAAGACUCUCACAAGAUCGUCGACGAUUGAGCUGGAAGAACGUUUCCAGGCGCUGGAGCGGCGAUUCAGUCAGGAGAAACCGAAUCGACAUUCGGCAAGUGAUAAACUAGAGGGCACCAAGUACAUACCGAGCACUGCGGCUCUGGAAGAGCGUUUCAAUACACUGGAGAAACAGCUAAGUGCGGAGAAACAAGGUGGGCAAAUUAUCGAGCCUACGGCCGAAUGCUUUGAGAAGCCGGAACGUAUUCCCUCUACAGCUGACCUGGAAAUGCGUUUCAAUGCUUUAGCCAAGCAAAUGAGUUCCACUGAAUCAAAUGCAAAGGCUCCCAUUGAACUUAGGGGUCAAGAGCAGCCAGCGGGCAGGAGUUCAAAGGAGGGAAAUGAAAGCGAGAAAACCAGCAAACUGCAUAAAUUGGAUGACUCUCAGACAGAUACAGCAAAACCUGCCAACGAAUGCGAUGCAACUGACAAGAAAGAGAGUGAAAGUAAGCAGAAAACGGAGACACCGCGCCUUAAAAAAUUGCCUUCAACAGCCGAAUUGGAAGAUCGCUUCAAUGCAUUAGAGCGAAGAAUAAGCGUACAAAAAGCCAGUCCUACCAAAGCAAAGAAGGAACCACCUGACGAAGGCAGAGAAAGUAAAAAGACUUCACCCAAGAAAGUUGCAGAGGCACCAGCAAAGGCAGAAAGCAAACCAGAGAGCAAGGAAGUAGCUGAAGAAGUUAAGCAAACAAAGAAAGAGACAAGCGAUGCAGAGAUUCGCAAACAUGCUGAAGGCACAAAGCCAGAAGCCUCGGAUAAGAAAGAUGAACCAGCCAAAGCUUCACCUUCAAAAAAUGAGAAAAUCCAAAGCGAAAAGAAAGAACCUGUAAAGAGCAAAGAAUCAUUAAAUGAGGACGACAAGAAAGUUGAGGUACUCAAGCGGAAGUCCCCACCUUCCACAGAGGAACUAGAGAAACGUUUCAAUGCCCUGGAGAAGCAGCUGAGCACCUCCAAAGGAGAUACAAAUGGAGAAGUUGACAAUGAGAAGUCUUCUAAUAAAGCUGAGCCUGUGCCACAAGAAGAAAAGCAAACUAAGCAAUCAGAACAAGGUAAGGAAAAUAAAGUCAAAAAAGAGGAGGAGGCUCAAAAGUCAAUUAAGUCGUUUGAUGAAAAAGUUAAAGCAAUAAGUGCAACGUUGACAAACGAUGAGAACACAAGCGAAGUAUCAGAAGCCACAUUGGAGAAACGGAGGGCCUUUGAAACCACAUGCAAGACAGCCAACAGAGUCUUAGAAGCCGAGCAAAAGCCGUUAGCAACUGAAACUAAUGAAGACACUCAGAAACCUGUCAAACCAGAUCAAAAGUCAGAUCCGGCAGCUGAACAGCCAGAGAAAACACAGCCAGCAGAGCAUAAUAAAAGGCGAGCCUCCGAACCCCCUUCUAUGGAAGAUUUGGAUAAGCGCUAUGAGACCCUGAAGCGCCGCAUGAGUAGUAAAAAUCACUUAGCCACCCAAAACGAAACAGUGAACGAGGCACUGGAGCGCAUUGAACAGGAAGUAAUGGCAGAGCUCGGCGACUCGGAGGAAGACACAAAACCAAUCAAAAAGCAACCACCCACAACCGAGGACUUGGAGAGCCGCUACGAGGCAUUACAUAGCAAGGACACAAAAGAAACUGAAAGUAAAUCAAAGCCGGCGCUUAAGUCACCUCCACGCCGUGUCGAUGUGGCCAUCGAGGCACACAUACCUGAACCUCCACCGCCCCCACCAGCAGAGCACCGGAUCAUCAUCAAUCCUGGGCAGCAUCAGCAACGCGCUCUCAUUGAAGAGCUGCAGAGCAAGAUAAAAGCGCAGUCCCCGGGCGAGGAGAACUUGAGGCCGAGCGAAAUAAAUCCUCAGCGAAAGCGCCAGCCAGAGCAACGACAGCUGCAACAGCGACCCACGACAAUGGGCGAUGAGACAUCGGAAGCACCUGCAACCACCGCUUACUACAGAUCGGGAAAUUACGAACCCUGGCAAUCGCAGCGAACGGUUCGUCGUUUCUCCGAUUUGCCGUCAAGAGCCGAUUUGGAAAAUCGCCUACAAUUCCUGGAAAAGAAAUUGUACAAGAAAUUCUACAAGCAGCGCUGUGCAAGUGAUUCCGAAGUUGCAUCGAGGAUGUUUAGCUAUGAGGACAAGCCAAGCACCUCGCACCAAGCGGAGGCUCAGCUGGAACAGCGUGUUCUGGCCCUGGAGAAGCAGCUGAGCGAAAACAGCCUCAAACUGCUGGAAGCUGUUCGCGAAAAGGAAAAGCAACAGGAGAAGCUGAACCACAAUUCAGAAGAUCUCUGUUCUCCACGUCGACUUAGCACUGACAUGGAAAUUGGCAAGGAGCUGGUGCGUUACACCCAAAACAUCACUGACGUUGAGGAGUCGGACAAGCCGAUUAACAUAAGCAUCAAUAUUAAAAUGCUCCUCAACAAAGAGAACGAACAGCGAAAACCGCCAGCCGAACCCAACACAGAUGAUUUGAGGCGACGAUUAGAACAGCUCGAACUGGAGCUAAGCGAAGCGCGUGCCAGGAAUGGAACAAUACCGAUCCCUGAUGUCGAGGCAAGCACCGAAGAUGCUCAACUUCCGUCGACCGAACAAAGCGAAGAAACUGAGACAAGCAAAAAACAGGAAAAGGAUAGCCACAACCAGAGCGUCAAGUGCGACGAGGCCGAAAAACUGGAGGAACCUGCAGUGCCCUUGAUGGAUAGUGCAGAGCCCGAGACGGUAAAGGAAACCAAAACCUUGCAAAACGAAGAAAAGGCUCAAUCCGGUAAUAAAGAAUCGGACCUAGCAGAUGCCACUAAAGAAGAACAAAAGGCUGAGGCUAAAACUGUUAAUGAAGAAAAUGAAAAGAAAAUCGAAAAGAAAUGUUCCCCCUCAAUCGAAGAGCCGAAAAUUCCAGAUGCAUCUCUAAAAAAUGAUCCUCAGCCAAAUAGUGAGAAAUCAGAUGCCAUUGAACAGAAGUCAACUUCAGCCGAGGAACCACUUAAAAAUUCCGAAGAAAAUCUUGUUAUUAAUCCAAGUGAUAUUGGCCCCGUAGAUCCCAAUAAUAAGACUGUGGUACUUCUAAUGGAUAAUGAGCCGAAAGCAUUGAAAGUGCGCCGUCUGACCAGAGCCAAUACUGAAGAGCUCGAGGGUCUAUUCCAGGCCCUUGAAAAGCAACUCAACGAUCGCAAUCUCGUCAAGUCCAAAGAUGGAAAACUGGUUCGAGCAGAAAGUAAGCCAUCUGCUGAGCAAGUCGAGCAGGCUCAAGCCAUAUCAGACCUGACCAAAGAAAUUGAAGACUUCACCAGUGGCAAGCCAGAAGAAGAAGCAGCGGAGCAGAAACAGGAGAAGGAAAAGGCCGUUGAAGAGGAUCCCAACUAUGACUGGGGACCCAAUCCAGUUAAGCAUCACCUGAAACGGAAAACCGUCUAUCUGCCAUCCACCAAGGAGCUAGAGGCUCGCUUUCGGUCCUUGGAGCGUCAAAUUAAACUACUCGAAGAUGUUGAAAAAAUUGACGUAGAGCAGAGACUCUGUGAAAUCGAGCGAAAGAUCAAGCUGCAGUACUCGUUAUCGCAUGAGAAAGACCUCAACAAAUUCCUAGAGCUAUGCGAAGGCAAAGGCCUAGACGAUGAGGAGGAUGUUCAUGUGGCGGAGUCUACUUCUCCAGUCAACGACCGCUCACGCAGUCCAUCACGCAAACAAGCUAGCUCCUCCGCGAGAUCACCAUACACGUCUCCAGUUUCCAAGUCAGUGAGCAAGUCGCCAUAUGUGUCGCCUUCACGUAAGGAGAAGAGCACCACAAAGUCACCUUAUACGUCACCUUCACGUAGGGAGAAGAGCACCACAAAGUCACCUUAUACGUCACCUUCGCGUCAGAGUAAUAAGACGCAGCAAACAUCACCUGCGCGCGCCGCCAGCAAGAAGAGUCCCUACACUUCGCCGGCUCGCCGUCAGCCGCACAAAGACGAUCUGCCCAUCUCUGACGACCUGGAAUACAAAUAUCGCGUGCUGGACCUGGUGCGUUCCAAGUCCAAGGACAAUCUCUCCAAGCGUAAAACUGACCCCAAUAAGAAACCACCUAUUCAUCCGCUCGAAAUGCUGCUCGAUCCGAGUCCGGAUGAUAGUGAAAUACCGACUACGGGCGAGCUGGAGCAUCGCAUACGACUGCUGGACGAGAAACUAAAGUCCCCUGUGCGCCACAAGUCACGUUCCCGUUCGCCCACCAUCGAGGAUAUCAAGCGAAAGAAAAUGCUAGAUGACCAGCAGCCCAAGACGCCAGUACACAGCCUGGAGCGCUUGGUCUACUCGCCCAGCAAGCCGGAACCACCCACUGCCGAAGAACUAGACAAGCGUAUACUUGCGCUGGAAAAGGAGCAACGCUUCGAUUUCAAGACCCAAAAAGACUACAAAGAAUUCAAUCAAAAACUUAAGGACGUGGUGUCGCCCUCGCUAUCCUACGAGGAGUUCAAGUUGACAAAGUCGCGCGAGCAGAGUCCCCGGCGACAAGCCCCCACAACGCCAAAGUCAGCAAUGCGACGCGAAGAGAUACAUGACGAUUACCGUGACUAUCGCCGUGAGGAGACAACUUCGUAUCGGCCCACCAGCCCCAAGGUCAUACGGUUCAGGGAUGAGGACGAGGACUACUACGAAGACUCGUGGCGUCCCAAGUCACGGCAGAGUCAGGGACAGGGCCCAGCCAGCGAGCGAAUGAAGACUCUUGCAGAUCAGCCAUCAGCAUCAGCAUCAACAGCAGCAAGUCGCAGCUAUAUCAGCAGCACAGCCUCUGAAGGUGUCGAUGCCCUCGGCAGUCGCCUGAUGAGGGAAACAUCGCCCAUAACUCGAACUGGAACCCAUACGGGCGUACCGCUGCGCACUGGAGACAACAUUAAUGAUCGCUUGAGCUCCAUCAAGAACAGCAUCAAGUCCAUCGAUAGCUUGUGCGAGGAGAAGUCCUAUCAGAAGGAGAAGUGCCAGCGCUACAUCGACUCUCUGUUCUCUGACUCAUUGCACUUCUCCAACAAGAAGAGCUCGGCCGAGGACUUGACGCACAGUCGAAGCGAGAGUCGAGGACGUGGCACGCAGCGCUGCUCCGACUAUACGCCAACAAUCCGGAUCAGCUCCGAGCAUCGUUCGCUCGGCUCCGUGGAGUCGUUGCGCACGGGCAGCCCGCUGCGUGCUGCCAAUCCGCCGCAUCAUCGUUCGCACAGGGAUGUUAGCCGGGAGCUGUCGCCGCGUCGCCGUCGCGAGACGGAAGAGCUAGAGGAGCGCGAGAGUAGUAGGGUAAGACGUGAUAAUAUGUUGCCAAAUUAUUUAGCUGAUAAUCGUAGCGAACUAGGUAGCUCCAGUAGUUUAACUAAGUUUCACAAAGUAGAUAGACAACUAGAAGAAACCUGCGCCAAGUACGCGGACGACAGACGCUCCGCCUGCAAGUCCCCGUUGAGCUCGCCGUACGAGUCCCGAACAGCAGGCACACGAUACAACACAACAGCCACAGUCGACAGUUUCCCUAGGCCCGUGUCGCCCUAUCGCCAGCCCUAUGACCCAAGCAGGCCCUCACGCUCCAACACGCCCGUCUAUCAGCCAGCCAAGCUGGAGAUCCGCCACACGACUGUCACCUCGACCUUCUACGAUCGCUUUCUCACCGAGAAGCAGAUUGAGAAACAGACGCUGCCUCGCCCGCCCAGCCGCUCGCCCGUUCUCUCGCCAUCGGCAGCGACCAAGAGCUACAGCGAUCUGCCCAGCACCCUGACGGCCCACAAGUACGGUCACGAGCUCAUGCCCGACGUGGCCGCCACAAGCGCGAGCAGCUACUCACCCAUGUCCCGCAGCUAUGCGGGCAGCAGCAGCAACUACUCAUACCUCACCCCACUCACCACUGCGAGCGAUCUUGCCGCCACCUCCACUCCAGCUGGCAGUGCAUCUGAUCAGCGCUUGCGCAACAGCUCUGAGAAUAUUCCCAGUCCCCAACCCAAUCCCACUCUCACUCCCACAACCACUAGCACCAGCUCAGCCAUACCAUAUGCAAGCGUGCUCGGCUCGAGCUCGACAGCCUCCACUGCAUCUGCAUUCGUUCCAUACAACUUCAGUAGCUCAUUUAGCAGUCGGCUGGGUGAUCCGGCGAGCACCUCUGGCACAUCCACUCUCAGCUCGUACUCCACCGGCGUCUACAAUCCCAUGAUGUCAUUCACAUUGCGCGAACCGCAGAUAAGCAGCUUGCCCAGCUCGUCAUCGGGUCAGUAUCAAUUCAAGAGCGCGUUCGGCUCGACUCUGGCAAAGAGCGAGCUCGAUAAGCCGUAGACUCGAUGAGUAAGUGGGCAUACGAAUAGGUUGUCAUCUCUGAACCAUGCCACAUUCUCAGCACAUGCUCAAACUAAAUUUACUUUAAGCUAACUAAUUACUCGUUGCAAUUAUAUAAACAAGGAAAAGGAAAACUCUCAAAGCUCUCACAGAUAUGGGACAUAGUUAUACAGAGAAAGGAAAACAUUUCACACGUUUAACUACAAAUAUAAUCUAUAUAUACUAUAUAUACAAAACAGAAUUUUACGACGAUCUCUUUGCACCUAAACAAAAAACAUAUUCUGGCUUCUUGCUAAUAGCUAAUUACCUCAACUGCAUUCAUGGCACCAAUCAACGUAACUGAUCAUAGAAAUAGCAACCGAAAACCAUUUUAUAUACAUAUAUAUAUAUACAUAUAUAUACCCUUUACUAUAUACAUACUAAAAAUAUAUCUAAAAAGAAAAAUAAGAAAACUUUUAAGACGAAAUCUCUAUUCGAGCACUGCAUCACUCAAUUAUAAUGUAUAUCUUGAAAAAAAAAAAGUAUUCCAAUUUCAAAUUAAAUUUCGUAUUUAUGAAACUAAAGAAAAACUUAGAUGAUUAUGAGAUGGGUUAGCUGACUUGAAAUGACAACCAAAAAGACGUUAGUUAAAAUAUAUAUACAUAUACACGACAUAUACAAAUGUUUAAUAAUAUAUAUGUAUAUACAUAUAUAUGUUUAUAUAUAUAUUCAUGCAUACCAAUUGCAGUUCGAGAAUUUCAAUUAUGCAAAAUCGAGUUCCAAAACGGAAAAGACAAAAAAUGGCUUCAAGAAUUAUUACAACAUCAAGCUGAGAAACAAAA